AUGAUACUUUUUCCCGGCUCUUCAAUCAGUGCCAUCGGAAUUCUCCAGCCCUUGGUGGCUGCGUCAUUGCAGAGCCAAUACGUCUUCGCUCAAGCUCUAACAGCCGCACAAGUCCAACGAGAACUGGGACCACUACUCUCUUCCAUUACGGCGAUAUUCGGACCUUCAGAUCCUCGGUGGUCCAAUGAAACGGAGAGGUAUCGAAAUUAUGCGCCUCCUCAUAUCCAGCUCGUAGUGCAGCCAGGACGGGAGUCGGACAUCCCGAUAAUCGUUCAAUAUGCGAACAAUAAGAGUAUUGAUUUCUUUGUGGUCAAUCGCGGUCAUGCUUUGACCUCCACUGUCGGGGAAUUCACUGGUAUCCAAAUCGAUGUGAGAAGCCUGAAAGACAUCGCUGUCCACCCGAAUGGAAAGACUGCAAGGCUCCAAGCAGGGACUUAUAACUUCGAGGUGAUUGAGACACUUUGGAAAAAUGGAUACAUUGCAACUUCCGGAACAUGCAGCUGUGUCGGUAUGGUCGGUCCUGCCCUUGGAGGCGGUCAUGGGCUGUUUCAGGGACAAUACGGCUUGAUAAGUGACAAUCUUGUCAGCCUCAAUAUGGUUCUUGGAAAUGGGACAGCCAUCACGGUCAAUGAAACAAAUAAUUCCGAUCUGUGGUGGGCUAUGCUUGGAGCAGGACAUAAUUUCGCCAUUGUCACCAGUUUUGACCUGAAGAUUCACCCUGCGAUAAAGAGCCCCUGGUACUACAAAGAAUUUGCAUUCGGAGGAGAUCAACUCGAGGCACUAUUUGAAAAUUUGAACAAAUUCCAUAACAACGGUACCAUGGCCCCGACUGUGGCCGGGAGUUUUGGCGUGUAUGCUAUGGAUGUCAGCAUUAGCAAGACUGAGGCCGUUAUUCUAUGGACGUUUGUUUAUAAUGGCAGCCAAGCAGACGCGGAGCCAUCUCUGGCUCUUUUUGAUCAGUUAGGUGCCAUCUCUCAUAUAGACGGAGUGGUUUCGUAUCCCGAAGUCUCGGAUGUGCUGGGAAGUGGUCUGACGUCCGAGCUCUGUGCGGCCAACCGAACCCAUAUCAUCUCGACGGCUGGUCUUCAAGUCUACAACGUUACUGCGUACUUUGACGUGACCCUCAAAGCUAACUCGGGUUUGGAACACCUCGCGCGAGAAUGGGCUGCCGAAACACGUGAACUUUGGAAUGCAGGCCAGUCGUGGCGUCGUCCGACAACCUACGUUAACUAUGCUGCGGGGGAUGAAUCUGUGGAAUCCAUGUAUGGCUAUGAGCCCUGGCGCUUGCAAAGAUUGCGGGGCCUCAAAGAUCAUUACGACCCUGAAAACCGAUUCUCCUAUUACAAUCCCAUCAUCCCGCGCGAAUAG